AAUAUUUGGUACUCAUCGUUACAACGUAUAGAUGAGUACCUUUGUACUAGCGUUUUUAAUACAAAACCGGUUUAUGUACAUUCUUUGUUCGCUCGAAUGAUUCGAGCUGUAUUUAAUCGGGGUUUUCAUAUUCGGAAAUCAGUUUCUAGCGAGCAACUCUUAGGGACACUCACACAUGGAUUCUUACGAAGUACAGCGGUUAGUAGAUGACAGACUGAAAGAUACCUUGGGAGAUCUUAAGCAGUCGAUGCUUUCUGAUAUGGAGAAACUUUUGGAUAAGAUAAGUGGAAAUUCUACUUUUGAACAUUUAAAUCAGAUUUCUACCAUUUUAACUGGCAUUCCUAAAUCUAAAAGAAAGUCAAACGAAGAGCAGUACAAAUAUAAUUGUAAGAUAACUGCUGCUUUAGAUUCUGCAGACAAAAUGUUGCAAAACGAUAAAAUUAUCGAAAGCAGGGAAAAGAUUGCAGAAGGUAAAUAUUAUUACAUUUAUUAGACAUUGAAUUACAAAUUUGUUUGUAUAACACAGGAUUAAUAAUUCACUGUUAUCAGUAAGAAUGUUCUAUAGGUAACGCUUGAUGUAAAAUAUAACGGUAAUUUUAUCACAGUGUAACUAAUAUUUUGCAUGAAUCACGACGAUGUAAUAUUAUUUGUAGUAAAAAAAAAAAAAAAAAAAAAAAAUGGAUGCGUGUAUUGAAGAAUAUAUCGUAAAAGAGCUGGUAGCACACAGACAAAAACUGAUUCAAUUGGCAGACGGGUCGGACAUGGGUUGGCGUUUAGUUAACGAAUACGAGGCUAACCCAUUGGCUGAUGGGUCUGAUGACGAGAGAAGAAAAUCUUGAAAGCCGAAGCACGGGCCAACAAGAAAAUGCGAGAGGAAAGGGCGAAGAAAGCACGUUCAGCACGGCAUCCAUAUAAGAGGAAACCGCCUGUUGCUGUCAUGAACCAAACAGUUCCGGUUUCACAGUCAACUUCCCGUCGUCCACCUGGUUUAUGUUUUGCUUGUGGCAAGCCGGGACACUGGAAGGGGUCACAGGAAUGUCCUGUCAGUUCCGCCUUUAAUAACAAUAAGAUAAGUAUUUUUUGUGAUACUAGUGUAUUAAUUGCAGAUAAAAAUGCUAAAGAAACUGUAUCGGUUGUCUUUAAAGAAGGCAUAGAUAUCUCUGAGAAUAAUAAUUCUCAGAUGGUAAAAGAGAACAAUAUUCAUGACGUUUUAUCCCCUGUAGGGCGUUUGAGACGUCAUGCUUCGAAAUGGUCAGAAGCUACGGACAGUAAGUAUAUUUCGGAUGUCAUUAACAAGGGUUAUAGAUUGCCGCUUAAAGACAUUCCAGAAAGAGCCGUGUUAAGAAAUAACAAAUCGGCAAGAGAAAAUUUACAGUUUGUAGAAAAAGAAAUUGAGAAUUUGUUGUCUAAAGGCAUUAUUUCUAGAAGUGAAGUAAUUCCACAUGUAGUAAAUCCUCUCACUGUAGCAUACAACAGAAAAGGAAAACCAAGGUUAGUGUUAGAUUGUAGACACAUAAAUCCGUGUUUGCAUCAAUUUAAAAUAAAAUUUGAAGAUAUUAAAGUGGCAGAGGCUUUAUUUGAACAAAAUUCUUUUUUUGUUUACUUUUGAUUUAAAAGGGGCAUACCAUCACAUUGAUAUUUUUGCUGAGCACAGGACUUACUUAGGUUUUUCAUAUUCGAAAAAAGGUCAAGUCAAAUACUUUGUUUUUAAUUCUUUACCAUUUGGCAUCAAAACAGCAGGUCACAUUUUUACAAAAGUAUUAAAGGUAGUAGUUGCUUAUUUACGUUCACAAAGUCAUAGAAUUAUCAUGUUUUUAGAUGACGGAAUCGGUGGCGAUCAAAAUUAUGAACUUGCGUUAAAAUCUAGUGAGUACACAAAACAAACUAUUUUAGAGUUCGGUUUCUUACUUGCAGACGAAAAAUGCAACUGGUUACCUUCUCGAUGUGUCACGUGGUUAGGCCAUAUUUUAGAUAUGGAAAAUAAUUUGUUAUUUAUUUCUGAAGAACGAAUUCAGAGGUUUGAAUCUGUUCUUGAUUCUUGCAUUUAUCAAGUUAAGUGCUGCGAAGAAAGAUUACUUCCUGUGAAGCAUUUAGCCGGUGUUGUAGGGCACAUUAUUUCAUUACAAAGCGUUAUAGGAAAUAAAGUACGCUUAAUGACCAGGGAAAUGUUUAAAUGUAUUAAUUCAAGGGCAAGCUGGAAUGCUUGCAUUUUAGUUUCCGUUCAAGCUUUGGAAGAGCUAAUAUUUUGGAAAGAAAACGUUCGUUUAUUGAACCAAAAAGGUAAAAAUUUGAAACACGAUCAUGUGUGUUUGUAUAAUGUAUUUAUAGACGCCAGCGAUGUAGGCUAUGGAGGUUACAUAGAGAAAGCAGAAGUUUUUUCAAAUUUUUCAGAAAAGCUAUCAAGCAGUAUGAUACAUUGUGAAUGUUUAAGUCAGUAUUUUUCACAUGAUGCACAGGGUGAGUUAUUAACAGAAAGGUCGCAAUCGUUUCCGGAAGUAGACAGUAUGGGUAAAGUAGAUUUGUUCCCGGAUGUGAAUUUUUUAGAUUUGUCCCCGGAAGUGGACACAGCAAGUAGCAUAGUUAUAAGUCGGUCCCCGGAGAUGGACACAGCAAAUAACAUAGUUACAAAAUGGUCCCAGGAAGUGGACAUAGAAAAUAGCAUUACGAAAAAAUGGUCCCCGGAAGUGGACACUGCUAGUAAUUUAGUUAUCAGAUGGUCCCCGGAAGUGGACCAGGCAAGUAAGUGUGUUGCAAAAUGUACCCCGGAAGUGGAUAAAGCAAACAAGAUAAGUAUGAGAAAAUUUCAGGCUGUAGACAAAACAAGUCCGAUAAUGUCCCAAAAUGAGGGCAUAUCUGGUAAAAAUGUUAAUCGGUCCCCGGAAGUGGACUCGUGUUCAGAGGUUGUAGGCCAAUGGUCUGAAUAUGAACAGUCAUUAAGUUCGACUUGGCGUGAAACAGAAGCAGUUAACAGAGUUAUUCAUUCGCAUUCAAAUAUUUUGAAAAACGCUUAUGUUAAGGUUUUCUCAGACAACAAAAAUGUAAAGUCCGUUUUAGUAAACGGUAGUAAAACGCAAAAUAUACAUAGCAGUGUUGUAGAAUUAAACACAUUGUGUGAAAAAGAAAAUAUAGUAAUUUGCCCUGAAUGGAUUCCGAGGGAAGAUAAUGAAAGAGCAGAUUUUCUAAGCAGAUGUUAUGACUGUGAUGAUUGGAGUGUUUCCUCGUAUGUCUUUCAAUAUUUAAAUCAUAUAUGGGGACCAUAUUCUAUAGAUAGAUUUGCAUCACAUUUAAAUAAUAAAUGCAUUAAGUUUAAUUCACGUUGGUGGGUGCCGGGUACCGAUGGUGUUGACGCUUUGUCAGAAUCUUGGCAACAUCACGUAAACUGGCUAGUUCCGCCCCCUAGGCUGGUUGUAAAAUGUAUACACAAAAUUAUGUGUGAGGGUGCGAACUGCACACUAGUCCUUCCUUUUUGGAAAAGUGCACCUUUUUGGCCUUGUUUAUUUGAUUACUCGGGAAAACAUAGAAAGUUUAUUAAAGGCAUAAUCAAUCUUGGUAGAAAAGAUGUUAUUUGGCCAGGAAAAGGCAAAAACGGUUGUUUUUCAAAAAAUCCAUUGGCUUUUGAUAUGUUGGCUUUGAAGUGUAUACCUUAAUUUCAUGUUCAGUUUAUUAUAUUUGUAUGACAUUGUUUUAACAAUACUUUAUCGUUAACAGGUAUUAACCUAAAAGACAAUCUGAAACGAAAGAUGGA